GGCGAUAGCGUUGGACCGGACGUUAUAUACCAAACAGCAGCCUUACAGUCCUAUCGGUGCCGUCGCCGCGGAUCACCCGUCUUUUAAUGUAUCAUUACACUAAACGAGCAGAGCGUUUCUAACACCGAGUCUGUUGUCGUUUGGUAAACAAAAUUUCGUCUUCGAAUUUUCCGACGAGCGAUUAUACCUAACGCAGUCAGUUUGCUACAAUUUUUUUUCUCUAAAAUAGUUUGUGUUUCGCCGCGUUGGAUAUUAAUUUUUGCAUUCUCCGGUCGAAAAUAGUUCAUUAAUAUUGUAUAGUAUAAAAUAAUAUUACUUUGUUUAUUGAUAUAUUAUUGACUUGCACGACCGAACAGUAAACCAACCGUCAAAAUGAGACCACCGAUCGAAGAGGAAAUCGAAGCCGCCGAAGUGGAAGUAGACGAUGGUCAACAGACCGCGGUCAUGUUAGUGUCCACCAGGCUGGCCGGAAACGCGGUUAUUCGAGUGGUAAACCGUUGCAACGAAGCACAAGAGAGCCAAAACUUAGACCUGUCCGAAUGUCAGCUGAUGCAGAUCCCUGACGCAAUUUACCUACUUAUGCAAAACACGCAGUUAGUUACGUGUGAUUUGUCAAAUAACGUAAUUUCAAAACUACCAGUAAAAUUCACCGAACGGUUUCCGACUAUCACAGAGUUAAAUUUGUCUCAUAAUCAAAUCAGUAAACUGCCGGACCAGCUGUCUGAAAUGAAAAACCUUAAAAAGUUGAAUAUUUCUUAUAACUCGUUUGUUGAGUUGCCAGAAUCAAUUACUCAUUUACCAGAAUUAACUACUUUAAUCGCUAACAAUAAUUUUAUUAUUGAUGUCAAUGUUAGGACAUUGAAAUCAUGUUUGAAACACUUGAAUGAAGUUGAUAUCAAGGAUAAUCCACUUAAUACUUCGACGGUGGAUGCGCUGGAACAGGAACUGCCUUUUAGGGUGAUGUUCACACCCCCAACCGACGAAGACUGGAGAGAUUUAGACAAUUGAUUAACAAACAAAACAUUUGACAAUACAGAAAUAUAUUUUUUAAUUAGCUAAUAAAAUGUUUUUAUUCAUUUU